AUGGAUGAAGGAGAUGGGAGGGAUCAGAUGGAUCAGUUCCAUCGAAACGAAGCGAUCUCUGCCGUCGCCGACGACUCUUUCAUGGCCGAGGAAGAGGACGACGAUUAUGAGGAUCUCUACAACGACGUUAAUGUCGGAGAAUUGUUUCUUCAGUCUGUGAGGAAGAACGACGAAACGGGAUCGAGAGACGAGGAGAAGGAGAAGGUCAAGGUCAAAACCGAGGGAGAAGAUAGGGUUGAGCCUGUUUUAGCUAAAUCGGAAGCUGAGGUCUCGAUACCUGAUUUGGUUGGUGAGAGCGCUGCUACGGAUGCAGAAAUGGAAGCAGGAGGAGAAAGUGGUACUGAUGUGGUAGCUGCUUCUAGUGGAUACGGAGCUCAAGAGGUCAAGGUAAGUGAUGUUAGCCAGCAGAUUCCUGGAGGAACUGUUACCGGAACUGGAGGCGGGAUUAAAGUUGAGCUAGGGCAAGCUCCUAAUCGGGCAAAUGAUGUCGAGGCUCCUAGAGGAAACAACAUUUCUCAGGGUCUCUUGCCGCCACCGCCUGCCUUGGGAAACAACGAGGGUUUGGUGAGACCUAUGAUGGUUAAUGUUAAUGGCGUGAUCCCUCCUGGACCUCCUGCUAAUGCCAUGGUUGGGAACGGAGGUACAAUCGGUAUGCCUGGUGUUCCUACUGGAGCGGGACCCGGUGGUGGAGGAGGCGGCAACGGAACUUUUCUUUUCGUUGGGGAUUUGCAUUGGUGGACAACUGAUGCUGAGCUUGAGGCAGAGCUCUGCAAGUAUGGUCAAGUGAAGGAGGUUAAGUUCUUCGAUGAGAAAGCCAGUGGUAAGUCGAAAGGGUAUUGUCAAGUGGAGUUCUUUGAUCCAAUGGCGGCUACGGCUUGCAAAGAGGGAUUGAAUGGGUAUGCCUUCAACGGUAGGCCUUGUGUUGUUGAGUAUGCGUCUCCGUAUUCGGUUAAGAGGAUGGGAGAGGCACAGGUGAAUAGAACCCAACAGGCGCAAUCUGUGAUUGCACAAGCUAAGAGAGGAGGGCCUGCUGAUGCUCCUCCUAGUAAACCCGUCGGGACGAACAACAACAACGGCACUGGAGGGAACUUCCAAGGAGGGGAAAAUAGAGGGUUUGGUAGAGGUAAUUGGGGUAGAGGUAACGGUCAAAUGGGUGGUAGAGGACCAGGUGGUCAGAUGAGGAAUAGGCCUGGUGGGAUGGGUGGAAGAGGUUUGAUGGGUAAUGGUGGGUUUGGUCAGGGAAUGGGUGGAGGGCCUCCUAUGAAUAUGAUGCAUCCUCAGUCAAUGAUGGGUCAAGGGUUUGAGCAAGCUUUUGGUGGACCGAUGGCGAGAAUGGGAGGCUAUGGAGGAUUCCCUGGGGCUCCUGGUCCACCGUUUCCUGGACUUUUGUCCUCAUUCCCUCCUGUAGGAGGAGUUGGUUUACCUGGAGUGGCACCUCAUGUGAAUCCAGCGUUUUUUGGGAGAGGUAUGCCAAUGAAUGGAAUGGGGAUGAUGCCAAAUGCUGGUGUUGAUGGAGGGCAUAACAUGGGAAUGUGGGAUCCUAAUAAUGGAGGAUGGGGCGGUGGUGAAGAUUUGGGUGGUGGGAGAGGUACUGAAUCGAGUUAUGGGGAGGAAGCUGCAUCUGACCAUCAGUAUGGAGAGGUGAAUCACGAGAGAGGAGGUCGUCCCAAUCCUGUGAAGGAAAAAGAAAGGGAAUGGUCUGGUUCAUCUGAUAGAAGGAAUCGUGAGGAUAAAGAUGCUGGUUAUGAAAGGGACGUGCCUAGGGAGAAAGAUGUUGGGCAUGGUUAUGAUUUGCAAGAGAGAAGGCAUCGUGAUGAUAGAGACGCUGGUCGUGAGCGUGAGAGGGAGCAUCAUCAUAAGGAACGUGAACGCUCCAGGGAUCAUGAGCGAGAACGUGAUCGUGACAGAGAAAGGGACAGGGAGAGGGAUCGUCCUAGAGAAGAACGAGAAAGAUAUGGUGGUGAUCAUCGUGGUAGACACAGGGACGAGCCUGAGCAUGAUGAUGAAUGGAACAGAGGUCGAUCAUCCAGAGGACACAGCAAGUCACGGUUGUCUCGGGAAGAUAAUCAUCGCUCAAGAUCAAGGGAUGCUGAUUAUGGGAAACGAAGGCGGCUUACUACUGAAUAA